UAUACAAAAAAAGGAUGGAUUUUGGAGUGUUACUAGAAGGUUUGAAAGAUUGAAUGAACAAUAAAGAAAGAGAGACAGAAAAUCAGAAUGUCACUUCUUACCUUUCUUUCAAUUUGAACAAAUUAAAAUUAAAUCAUCCAUUUUCCCCAUCACUCUCCAAUCCACAAACUUGGCGCCACCUGCCUCUGUUCAUCCAAUACCCACAUCACUGGAAGUUUCAAGUUUUUAGAUUUCUUCAAGAAAUUAUUGCAACCCAUUUUGUUUUUUCAAUCUGUUGCUAUCCCAAUUCUUGUUUUCUUCAACCUUUUCUUCUUGUUUUACAGUUUGGAAAUUUACACACAGACACACACACAUAUAUAUAUGUUGGAAUCAAGACAUGCUGAGAAUAAUAUUUCAGAUGUUGGUUGUAGUGGUGUUAAUGACGAUGGUGAUGAUGAAGACGACGAGACUCGUAAUACUAUGGCGAAAACCCAAAUCAGGGAUGAUGAGUUUGAUGAUGAUCGAAAAAUGGAGAUGGGUAAAAAGGGGUUUGGAAAAGCAAAACAAGUGAUGUUCUAUCCAUUUCGUAAGGCGAAGAAACAGAUUCUUCGGCGGAGGAUUAAGAGGGAUUCUUCUUGUUCUUCUUCUUCUUCUUCUGUUACUUGUAGUAGAAGAACAAAUUCUUUGGAUAAGAGGGGUUUUGAUGGGAGUGUUAAUCAGGGUUGUGGUUUCUGUUUGACUAAACUUUCGAUUUCAGAUUCUAAAAAUGGGUCUCCGACUGACCCUAAUCACCGGAAGUUCACUAAUGAAAUGUUGAAAGUUCUCAUUGAGAAGAAUGAUUUCUAUUCCAAGGAAUCCAAUCCUCACUUUGAUGUUCAAGUGGAUACUAGACAGAAACAUUAAAUUCAAUUGGGUUUUGGUUGUUGAGAUUUAAUUCAAGCGUCUAGCCUUAACCAUCCCCUUCCAUUGUUCAUUCAACUUGUGACCAAAAAGUUCUAGUGGGGAGUGAAGUUGAGGAUUUCAUGAGGCUAUUGCUAGUGUUUGUAACAUUGGUUCAGAAAAUAUGCACGCUGACAAUUAAUAUUUAAGAGAAGAUGGAGAUUCUUCCGGAGAUGGUCUUUGUUCUUUUGUUUGAUGAUAAGCAAUUUGGAUUGGAGGCCCCUCCUUCAUUUGAUCCCUCUUCCGAAGCUAUUGUUAUGAAGCCAUAACCUUCUUUGGAUCUCUCUAAGCCAAGUUCGUUAUACUGUUUUCAUUCUCUCUUCACUUGGGAAGAUCCCUUUCAAUAUGGUGUAGAAACCGAUUACUUCUUAUGAAAAAUUAGGUUUGGAUUUCUGCUUGCCAAGUUAUUUUGUUGGCUGGAGUUCGCUUUUUAUAGCUUCAUUGGUGGUCUUUCUGCUUUUGAAUGUUGGCUCUUCAGUUUGGUGGCUUUCCAUUGGAGGUUUUUGGCGUUGUUGAUUGGGUAUGGAGCUUUGCUCCUUUCCUCUUUGAUGUUUGCAGCUGUGGCUUCCCUUGUGGAUUUCUCUUCUUUCAUUUUUCAGGGUCUGUGUUUGGUUGGGUCCUUUUCAUUCUUGGAGAGCUUGCUUUGCCAAUUUUUUUUCUUAGAGAUAUUUUUGUGUCAUUAAUUUGGUUGGAUAGUUCAUUCUUUUCCCUCCCCAUCGGAGUUCGUAUCCUUCAGCAUUUUAUAUCUUUUCAUCAAAUCAAUAAGAAGUUAUUUCUUGUCAAAGAAAGUGUGAGCAAGUAGUCAUUCACUUUGAGAGGCUAUAAUAAUAUUCCUUUAAGAUCUCAACUGUAUGUGCAUUGAAAUGAACCUCCAUGGGUUGGUCUCUCAUGGCUAAAGUAAGCACAUUGCAAAUGGUUUUGUGAUUUUGGGUUCAAACCCAAGUGAAUCUAUUCGAUACUUAGCAAAGGUGUUUUUGUUUUUUAAUCAUAUCAUUUUGUCUAAUAUAAGAUGCAGUAGGAUCAUACAUUUUUCCUAUUAUUUUUAUCGAAAUGUGCAUAAGCUAGCUUGAAAGUUUUCAUUAAUAAAACUUGUUCAUCGAGAACAUGUACAAGUUAUGACUUAUGAGUCUGCAGGUGGUGGAUAAAGAAACCGACUUCGAUUAAGCAAAACGAAAGCAUCCACUAUACGUAGACUCAUAACUUGUAACUUGUCCGUAUUACUACAAUGUAAGGUAGAUACUUGGUCAUUCUCUAAAAGGUAUAUUCUUGCAGGGGCUUUGUGUUAAGUAGGGGAAAAUUUUAGUAUACAAACAUGAAACAGCAGUAGCAUGGAGUUCUUUUUCAUACUUUCUCCGUCCAUUGCUUGCCAAAACAGAACAGUACGACUUAAGAAUGAUGAGAUCAGUGAAAUUAAUUAAUUUUAAUUAUGAAUGAGAUAGGUAAGUAUUUACUUAGUGCUCAAAAUUUUCUCGUGAAGAACAACCCAAGGAGAUGGUAGUAUUUGUUAGCAUUGGUGCUUCUAAGGUGAUGGUAGCGAAAUUCCAUGUAAUAUAAAUUAUCUCAUGGAGGUUGUCAAAAUUUCCGAAUUGGUGGAGGACAGAAUAUAUUCUAAAACAGUUUUUCCUUUUUCUUUUUGUGGUGAUGGGACUAUACUUUUCAGAGCUCUUACUCUAUUGGAUCGGGAAUACUUGUCAUAAUGUUUGCCAAAUCUAAUUCCCUACUCACUAUGUUUAUGAUCAAACUUCUUUAACAAACUACUUAACUAAUUACUAUAUAUAAUAUACCCCUAAUAUCUCUCUGAUACAAUUCCUAUCAUGAUAUUGGUGAAAGUAAUGUCAUUUCGGAAGAGCGAAUCUUUUGGUUUCAUUUCUCUUGUUGCUGCAGAUUUUUGAUGUGGGGUACGGAAUCAUGAACAUGGUUGAAUGAGGGUAGUGGUAGGCGGCAAGGGAAGCACAGAAAACUAAGUUAACUUAUGGAAACUGGAAAUGUGUCAUUGAACUCAGCACUGAAGGGAUGAUGUCAGAAGAGGUUUUUAUCAAGCAUCCAGUCAUGAACUUGCUGAAAUAUGAAUGGGAAAUUAGAUUUGAAGUGAAGUGGAAGUAAUUCAAUAUGAAGCUUUCCAAUCAACAUAUGGAAAGGGAAUGGUGGUUAAGAUUUCAACUGGCAUUUUGGGCAUUGACAAAAAGAUAGUAUAUGGAUGGCAGCCUAGUAGUUUGGAACACAGAACCCCGACCAACAACCCACACUUCCGAUCAAGAGAAGCAUUACACACGACUAAGACAAAGGGGAUUUCCCCUUUCAUUCAGUUCAUUUUUUAUCCCUGAAAAAGGAAGGAAAAAGGGGGGAAGAGAGGAUGGAAAGAAAGCAAUGAAGAGGAAAGAAAGCAGGAAAAAGUUGUAGAGUCAACGACAGUUUUAAUGGGUUAAGGAAGAAGACAGGAGGAGGAAAUGGAGAAAGAAGGGGGAAAACAAAGAGAGGAGAUGGAACAAGGAAAAGAACAUUAGCUAAACUACUAAUAAAAAGAAGUGUAACAGAGGAAAAGUUUGGAGGUAUGUACCAACUGACCAUUUCUUUUUUCAUAACUUAUUUCAUAAAGUCUAUAGUUAAUUUGACAUCAAUGAACGAUAGAAGUAUUUCCCAGAUAGCCUAUAAUAAUUGUUAGUUUUUGUUCAUCUUGUUUUACCAUUCCUGAUGUCUUCUGAUUCCAUAUUGGUUUACGAGA